CUACGUGUAAUGUAACUAAAGUUUUAGUAGGUAUGUCUACUUUCUUUGUAUAGCUCACUGAAAAUUUAAUUUCUUAUACAAAUUGGACUCGACUUAAUUAGUGAGGCGGUAAUAUCGAUUGUUAAAAUUGAAAACAAUCCCAAAAGUCACAUUAUAUUAUAGAGUUUCUUAUCAAAUAUGACUUCAGUCAACUAAAGAAAAAAGAACUUUCUAAAUAAACAUGUCACUAAAUCUUGUUAGAAUAGAAAUAAGAAAAAGAACCGUAUAUAAAAUCCUACCUGAAAAAACAGUAGUAUAUAGAAUCCUACUUCGAAAAGGAUUAGUAUUAGGAGUCCCAUUUGGAAAAGGAUUAGUAUAUGUAACCCAACCUGAAAAAGGAUACCAGAGUGUCUAUAAAUAGGAAUUAUGUAGAGACAGAAUACAAUUCGAUAGUAAUAAUAUUUUCCCUUUUUACUAAAUUAAAAUAAGAUGAGGCAAAACGAUUCAGUUGAAGAGUUUGUUGAUGUUGCAAUUGAAGCAGCUAAGAAAGCUGGAGAGAUAAUUCGUCGUGGAUUCUACAAGAGUAAGCAUGUUGAGCACAAAGGAGUUGUUGAUUUAGUAACAGAGACUGAUAAGGCAUGUGAAGAUUUAAUUUUUAAUCAUCUAAAGCAAUGUUUUCCCAGUCAUAAGUUUAUUGGUGAAGAAACAACUGCUGCUGCUUCUGGAGAUUUUGAGCUGACUGAUGAACCAACUUGGAUAGUUGAUCCACUUGACGGAACGACCAACUUUGUGCACGGGUUUCCUUUUGUUUGCGUAUCUAUCGGUCUCACAAUUGAAAAGAAACCAGUGGUUGGUGUUGUUUACAACCCAAUUAUUGAUGAGAUUUUCACUGCAAUCGAUGGGAGAGGUGCUUUUCUUAACGGGAAGCCUAUUAAAGUAUCUUCAGAGUCUCAACUUAUAAAGGCUCUUGUUGCUACAGAGGUUGGAACAAACAGGGAUAAGGCAAUUGUAGAUGCUACUACAGGGAGAAUCAAUAGAUUGCUUUUCAAGGUUAGGUCCCUCAGGAUGUCUGGUUCUUGUGCAUUAAAUCUAUGUGGAGUGGCGUGUGGAAGGCUUGAUCUCUUCUAUGAAAUUGAAUUUGGUGGUCCUUGGGAUGUCGCAGCUGGUGCUCUCAUAGUCAAAGAAGCUGGAGGACUCGUGCUUGAUCCAUCUGGUUCCGAAUUUGACCUCACAGCUCGACGGGUAGCUGCUACAAACCCUCAUCUCAAGGACGCUUUUAUCAACGCCUUGAAUGAAUCAGAAUGAGAAUCAUACCUUCAUAGGAAUAGGAACAAGAAUGCAAUAAUUAUUUAUACUGUGAAUAUUGUUAUGGAUAGAUUAUUUCCUUUAAGAAUCUUUUUGUUUUUAGUUACUCUUAUCCAUAUAU